AUGUUGGUUGACUUGGGUGUCGCCAAAUGGGACAUCAAACUCACCUACGAUGUCGAUGCUGUCGACAGGUAAAACCUAGACUUUAUUAUUAACAGAAGAAUUUGAGGCUAAAAUACGUUUAUACGGUGGCCCUUCUCAACCUCAUGGCUCUUUUCGUCUUCAGCAAGCAGUACGUUGGAGAGUCCGUCCAAUGUUGGGCUCCGCAGCAUUUUUCCGUUUGUUGUUCUUUUGUUUCCUUUUGAACAAAGUUUUUAACUUUUGCCUCUGCUCAGACGAGUUUCAAUUUAAAACUUCAAUGGCUCUUAGAAAAAAUAUAUAUUAGCUUCUAAACCACAUAGGCUUCUAAGAAAAAGCCCCCGAUAAAUCCAGGAAGAGUCCUGUACGCGCCGGAACCUUCUCGCCUCUAUGAGGUGGCGUGGCGCAGUGGUUAGAGAGCCAGCCUCACGAUUGAACUUUUUGGGCAAGUUCGAUCCCUGUUGAGUGCAAACCCUUUUUGCAUUUGUUUUUAAUUCAAAAAAAGUUUUAAAAAGUGCAAAAAUUUGAAAGUAUUUGAAGUAUUUAUCCGACUGAUUUUUCAUUUUUGGAAGAAUUCUCAAAAAAAAUUCCCUAGAACGUUUAAAAAAAAAGUUGAGAGGCCUCAUAGAUUUCCAUUUUCAGUACAACUAUAGUUGUACUGAAAAUGGAAAUCUUUUUAUUCGUUUGAUUUUUUUUUAAACAGAUGAAUAUAAAAAUGAUGUUCUCAUCAACUUUAUGUCUUAAAUAAGGUUCGACUUGUCUUUAAGAAAAAUGCAAAACAAGUACGCCCUCGACAGGAAUCGAACUGAUCCAAAAAGUUCAAACGUGAGGCUGGCUCUCUAACCACUGCGCCAGGCGACCUUGGUGAGACAGGAAGGUUCAUGUGCGUACAGGACUCUUCCUGUAUUUUUCCGAGAUGCUUUUUUCAGAAGCCUAUUUGGUAUAGCAGAUAAUCUCUCUUGUUUCUAAGAGUACUUACUUAGGCAUAGAAGUUUCAAAUCUAAACUCGUCCCCGAGUAGUUCCCUACUGAGUUAUGAAUUACCUGAAAGUCUUCAGGGUUUCUGGGAACAAUAUGUGGAGCAGUAUUGUUUGAUCGAAAACACUUUUUUCGUAUCAAUGGACGAUCAGAACAUGCCGUCAACUCAACAACGGGAGAACUCGGAACUCCGCUAUUACCAGGUAUACAUUUUUCUUCGCCUCUUCACCCAAAGAAAUGGUUUAGUGGGUUCCUUUCCUUCUUGUGGCCCUUUCGGCGUUACUUUUCCUGCCGCGAAUCGUGUGGAAGGCGAUGCAGUCGUUGAUCGGUACGCCCAGUCUGAAACAAUCCCAAAACGGCUUUCAGGUCUCAAGAUCUCUGACGUGACAGUGCACAUGCGGAAAUGCGCCAAGGCGUCGCUCGACGACGUCGACCACGAAAAGCUCGACGUUCAGCGCAAGAAGCUGACCAAACAGAGGCGAAGCAACAGUCAGCGACGUGAAAGUUCACAAGAAAGUGCACUUUUCAGAGGACAUCGAGUGGGGAAAUAGACUCACGCUGUGUCUUCUCACCACCAAGUUGCUCUCGCUUCUGGCUGUCGUCUUUACUCUCUUUUUCCUCGAUUACUUCAUGGAUAUCGGACCAGCCUAUGGUCUUCAGGUGACUCGCUGCCUCAAGCAGAAUCAAGUCGGAUUUCAGGUUGUUGUCGACGUGCUCUCAGGACGUGAAUGGAAGCAAAGCGGCAAAUUUCCCAAGAGUGAGGACCUUUCUGCAAGCGAAAUUCCAAACUUUCCUAUUCAGACGACGUUCUGCGACUUUGAAGUUCGUGAGCUGGGCCAGGUCAACCGCUGGUCGCUGCAGUGUGUCCUCAUGGUCAACAUGUUCAACGAGAAAAUCUUCGUGCUCCUCUGGUGGUGGUACCUCGGACUCUUCGUCGUCUCUGUAUACGAUCUCCUCGACUUUCUCCAAAGAUGCACGGCUUCCCGCCAAACCCGUCUUGUUCGCUCUGUUCUGGUGAGGUCCAUCGGAGACCUUUCCUGAAAUCUGUUUCCAGUACUGCUGCGAAGGACCAGAUGACAUCAACGACGACGUCGUCGCCAGCUUCACGAGGAGCGUUCUGAAGACCGACGGCGUCAACCUUUUGCAGCUCAUCAUCAACAACUCGACAAUCUUUCAGGUAUUGGGCUUUAGAAAAACUUCUUUGAUGAACUCCUAAGUAUCAGGCUGCGGACUUCCUCAAACCUUUUUGGGAGAGCUACGCUCACACGUAA